AUGACUCCAAGUACUUCGCUAACGUCAUCGUUGGGCUCCAUUUUUUCUUGGGGUGGGCAGAGUAGCGAGACACUCUUGGAGAAGCGGGCGAUGGCUGUCAGCGCAGUUCCGUACGUGAAUUGUCUUCCGAUUGAGAUUUUGCAUCGAAUCUUCAUGGAGGUCAUUGAGAACGAUAAUUACGAUUUUUCGUGGAUUGGUGUGCUUUCAUGUGUUUGUUGGCGGUGGAAUUGUGCCUGCAAGCACACUGUUAUGUGGGAAUUCAUCUCGAAAAGGAUAUUUGUGGCAUAUCCACUGGUACAGCGUCUACAUAGCGCACCGUUAGAUCAGUCUGAGAUGCAACUGCUGAAUCGAAUGCGGCGCUUGGGGGCGCCUGAGCAGUUCAUCACACAGCACGACAUCAUGGAGCCUCUCAUUGCGCCGACCAAUAGAACUGUGCGAGAAGCCAUGGAGGAGGUGAAGCAUUAUUUGAAAAGCCGUAGUUACUAUGAAUAUGUGCAAAGACGACGUGUUUUUGUACUACAUAUGUUUGUUUCCUGGGCGCUCCUGAUGUUUUCAUUAUUCACGGCUACGACUGUAUGCUCAGCGGAGGGACUUGCCCUCGGUGCCUUAUCUUCACCAAACAUGGCGUUCUUCUUCUUAUGGAUGACGUAUUUUUCUAUCAUUAUUGUUGUUCUUGCCAAUGUGGUGAUGGAGACUCAUUUUGAGCCUAAACCCCUUUUUUGCAGAUUGAGAAAAAACAAGCCGCUUAUUACUUCCUCUGCCACCAGCAUUGCUGUUGGUAUUGCCUGCGUCGCCCUUCCAACUCUGCUCGUACAGAUCAAUUUUAGUCGCAAAGAACGAUUUCCAUGGCUUAUUUGCGGUAUCACCCCCAUAGCUUCACUUGAUAUGUGGCAGUUGUAUGUUUUGUUGUCUUACAUUGUCCCAGACGUAAAACGGCAAAUUACCGAGCAGCGAACUGUGUUUAGACCCAAGGCAGUUGUGAUGUUUGUGUUAUCAAAUAUUCCCUACGUCUAUCCCGCAUUAUUUGCAGGGACCAUAUUCUGUAUACUGCAGUACGUGGAGUAUGGUGGGCGCAUAUAUGUGUUGUUUGCCAUUGUCCCUGUGCUGACGAGUCUUGUGGUGCUAACGCUGCUUUUCUUGUUGGAUUUUUUUCUUACACGGCAUCUGAAGGACCUCGUUACAGGUGGGUGUCUAUUUAUUAUCAUGAUUUUUCCUCUUUCGCUAAUGUGGUGGGAGUUCCGUGGAUUCAGCCUCCUUCCCGUGACCAUCGCCUCCUUCCUCUUUUACCUUACGCAUCUGAGGCUGGUGGCGAUGCGAGCCCUACAGGAAAUCAUAGAAGGAGCGCUUCGUCCCCAAAAACUGCGGCGCCUGCACUGA